AUGUUCAACCACCUGGCUGUGGCUGCCCGCUAUGCACAAAAGAAGCACCGCAUUCAGAGGUCAGUAGCAAACGACACACGGAACGUGGGUAGCAUCGAAUGGGGAGGUGCUGGGGUUAGGUGUUCCUCUCAGGCUUUACUCAGUCCCUGCUCCUCUUGCAAGGCUCACAGGAUUUCAUCGUGGACUGGGAUGUGCACCCAGGUCAAGGAACACAGUUUCAUCUUUGACCAGGACCCCAGUGUACUCUAUUUCUCCAUCCACCGCUAUGAGCAUGGUCGGUUCUGGCCCCACCUUAAGGCUUCUAACUGGUCUACUACAGGCUUUGGCCAAGGCCAAGGAUAUACCAUCAAUGUACCUUGGAACCAAGUGGGGAUGCGGGAUGCCGACUACAUUUCUGCUUUCCUGCACAUCCUGCUGCCAGUUGCCUUUGAGUUUCAACCUCAACUGGUCCUGGUGGCCGCUGGAUUUGAUGCCCUCCAUGGAGACCCCAAGGGAGAGAUGUCUGCCACUCCAGCAGGAUUUGCCCACCUGACCCAUUUCCUUAUGGGUUUGGCAGGAGGCAAGUUGAUUCUGUCUCUGGAGGGUGGCUAUAACCUCCAUGCCUUGGCUAAGGGUGUCAGUGGCUCACUCCACACCCUUCUUGGAGAUCCUUGCCCCAUGUUGGAGUCUCCUGUUGCACCUUGUGCAAGCGCCCAGACUUCUAUCUCCUGCACUCUAGAAGCCCUUGAACCCUUCUGGGAAGUCCUUGAGAGAUCAGUUGAGCCCCAGGAUGAAGAUGAAGACAUGCUAGAGGAUGAAGAGGAGGAAGGCCACUGGGAGGUCACUGCUCUACCAAUGGAUACAUGGCCACUGCUCCAGAACCGCACUGGGCUGGUCUAUGAUGAAAGAAUGAUGAGUCACUGCAACCUAUGGGACAAUCAUCAUCCUGAGACACCUCAGCGCAUCUUACGCAUCAUGUGUCACCUGGAGGAGGUGGGCCUUACAGCACGCUGUCUCAUCCUACCUGCUCGGCCUGCCCUGGAUUCUGAACUCCUUACGUGCCACAGUGCGGAGUAUGUGGAACGUCUUCGGGCCACAGAAAAGAUGAAAACUCGGGAUCUGCACCGUGAAGGCGCCAACUUUGAGUCCAUCUACAUCUGCCCCAGCACCUUUGCCUGCGCACAGCUUGCCACAGGCGCUGCCUGCCGCCUGGUGGAAGCCGUGCUUUCAGGAGAGGUUUUGAAUGGCAUUGCAAUAGUGCGCCCUCCAGGACACCAUGCAGAGCCAGAUGCUGCUUGUGGUUUCUGCUUUUUCAAUUCCGUAGCUGUAGCUGCUCGCCAUGCCCAAGUCAUUGCUGGACGUGCCCUUCGGUAAGGCCCGCCCCCGAGA